UUCCUGCUGCGGGAGGUCACGUGACGCGCGCUGGCGCUCCGACCGGCCACAACAAUACGGCAGAGCUGCCGUGUCACUCCCACGCCCGCGCCCUCGCUAUGGCGGACGGCGAGCGCUCCCCGCUGCUGUCGGACCUUGGAGACGGAGCCCUCGGCGGGGCCAACGGCGGAGUGUUGCCGGGAGCGGCCCUGUACGGCUUACCCACCAAACCGCAAAGCUUCCCCCCUUUCCCUAGCCCCACCCAGCCCUCUGUGCUCCCUGGUGAGGACCCCCCGCCCUACUCCCCCGUCACGUCUCCCGAGAGCUGCGGCAGUACCCCCCCUGUGAUCAGCUGCCGGGUGUGUCAGAGCAUCAUCUGUGUGGAGGGGAAGAUCCACCAACACGUGGUGAAGUGUGGGGUCUGCAAUGAGGCCACGCCCAUUAAGAACGCCCCCGCAGGGAAGAAAUACGUCCGCUGCCCGUGCAACUGUCUGCUUAUCUGCAAGGUCACGUCACAGAGAAUCGCCUGUCCGCGGCCCUACUGUAAGAGGAUAAUAAAUCUGGGUCCCGUGCACCCAGGCCCGGCGAGUCCCGAUCCACAGCCAGCUGGAGUGAGGGUCGUGUGUGGCCACUGCAGUAACACCUUCCUGUGGACAGAGUUCACGGACAGAACAUUGGCCCGGUGUCCCCACUGCCGGAAAGUCUCCUCUAUUGGCCAGCGAUAUCCCAGGAGGCGGAGCUUCUGGUGCUUCCUCCUGUGCCUGCUUUUCAGCAUUGCCGCAGCAGGACUAGUGGUCGGUACCUGGCUCCAGGCCAAGCAGUACCGGGGAAUCUACGCCUCCUGGGCCGUCCUGAUCCUGCUGGUUCUGCUGAGCCUUGGCCGAGCCCUCUACUGGGCUUGCAUGCGGGUCAGCCAGCCCCUGCAGAGCUUCACAUAGAGUGGGACAGUGAAGGCGAUGGGGAGGGGGGGGGGGAAGUGCAGUCAGAUACAUUUACACACUCGGUCGCGAGUUACAGUCACUCAUUUCCUUACCCAGACGGACAUUCCCACACACACACACACACAGCAAAGCCACACUCAUGUCUGUAUAUUUGUGCAGGAAGCGGGAGGGGCUGUGACUUGCGCUAAUUUUUACGUAAACGGUACGUUAACGUGCAGCGUGCCUUUUCUGUCCCCACAGAGGGCUCCCAGCCGGUUCCUAACUAGAGUAAUAAUUGAAGUAAAACUUCAUGGACCCAGCUGCCAUGUGCCUGGUUCAUGUUCUGCAAGCGAUGAUCGGUUUUAGUUGGUGUUUUAGCAAAGCUCUGUGUUCCAUGGUACCCUGUGAUAUAUCGUAUAUCGCAGUAAUGGCCCUUUAAAUCACUGAACCCACAAAUCGUGGUGCUGCCUUUCCCGGCUAAGGCUGGUUGACAAGCCCUCGCCGAUCCCGGGCCGAUCGGUGAGUCUGGCAGGACCCGGAUGUGACCCAGACAAGGCAGGGUUUCUCAGAAAGCAGCUCCAUGCUGAUCUGCUGGCACUGUGUGUGUGUGUGUGUGUGUGUGUGUGUGUGUGUGUGUAAAAGAGAGGGAGAGAGACAGUGAGUUUGCUAUAUUAUGUGUCUGAUGUAACGUGUGUGUGUGCAUGAAAGACAGAGUGAGUCUGUGUGUGUGUGUCUGUGUGUGUGUGUGUGUGCUGAAAGGUGCCUGCAUAUGCAUCUGUGGUCUAGGUGAAGGUCAUCAUGCACUGUCCUGUAAACCUGAAUGGUUUGUGUGUGUGGUUUGGGGAACUGUCGUCACGUAAGAUGUUAAAAAAUACCCGCAGAAAUGUAGCAAAGGGACCUGCAGUCACAGACCCCGCAGAAUAUCUUCAAAUUCAGCAGGAAGUAACUACACACUAUUUUAUUCUUGCUAAAAAAAAUAAAAGCAGAUAAUUUGUAGAACAAUUGAAAAGGCACUAUGAAAGUGGAGGCACCUGUCUAAUUGGUGUCUAACCCUUCACCAGUUUAGCUUUUCAGGUUUGCUUUGCUCUGUAAAUAGUUUUCCUUCUUAAAUGUGAAUAAUUUUCUGAAGGAUGAUCAAGGCCAUAGAGUCCAGGUCUGUUCAUCUGUUUUUCCUCCGUCUUCACAGGCAUUACUUACCAUUUUACUGUAACUCUGGAAGACCAGUCACAUGUUUUGAUUCUGCUAUUUCCGCAUUCUUGUUUCUGUUCUGCGUUUUCUGGAAUUAUAUGUAUUUACCUGUUCGUGGUCUCUUGGAUCGUGAGCAGAGAAACUUACAAAAAAUUGAGAACUGGAAUCUGAAAUGGGGGGUUUUGCAAGUGCAGUUAUUAGCUCUGAUUAGUGUACUCUGCGUGUGUGUGUGUGUGUGUGCGUGCAAGAGGCCAUUGGCGAGGAAGAUCAUUCUAGAAAAGCAGUCUCCUGUAUAUCCGUGUGUCCGAGUUUCCAAGGCCAUCAGAGUGGGUUUCUUGCGGUGGUCAAAUGGAAACCAAUCAAUGAAAUGUGUUGCGUGUGGCCUGAAGCGGAACUCGGGCAUGAUUAAGGGAGGCGGCCCGUGUUUAAGGCGGCCCGUGUUUAAGGCGGCCCCGUGUUUAAGGCGGCCCCGUGUUUAAGGCGGCCCCGUAAAUCCGCAAGGCCGUGAGCCGGUGGGAUCCUCUUAUCACCAAACCCCGUCUUAACGGAAACUUUUAUAGUGAAAGGGGCCAUGGAGCGAGGGAGGCCGCACAGAGCAGAACGGACACCACAGGAAGGUGUUUGGAUGUAGAAGCAGGGCCUCGAUUUGCUUAGGGGUUAAGGCUCUGGUCAUGUGACCUCUGCCGCCCGGACUGAAACCGGCUUGUAGUUCUCAACAUGGAGCUCAUGCCACAAUGAAGCAAUUUUAUUCUCCUGCCAGCAAAAAAAAAAACCACGCAAUUGAUUUCCCCCUUAUUUAUUGCUUAGCUGAUGUUUAUUAAAAAUACUCUAAACUGUGCCAGGAAGUGAGGAGCAGACCCCCAAAUCUGGAAUUGGGUUGGCAGCAUAGCAGCAGUGCAGUGUCUGUUUUCAUAGGGAAUCUCAGAGCCCAGACUACUCUAGACAAUACGGCUCGCCUAAUCAAACACACGUAGCCUGCAGAAUUCCUGCUCAGCUACGUAAGCACCGGUAACCUUUCCUUUUGCUCCGUGUAAUUAUUUUUAUUGCUGUAGUUCUCUGCUGUAUUGUAAAUAAAUGUUUCUUUUUGUCAGAAAUUAACCAUUGCACUUGUAUGUUACACUAAACUGUUUGUUUUUUGUUUGUUUUGUAAUUUAAUAAUUCUGAGCAUUAUUUGCAAGCCUUAAUGAUGUCUCUGAUUUUGUUACUUUUGAUUGUACAUUUGAUUUGAGUUUUAAUCGCCUUCGUUUAAUUUGAUACUCCGCAGCGAAGCAUCUGGUCGCGUUGUGUUCUAGAAACUUCUGCCCUGAGGAAUUGACACGGUCAUGACUGCCCACUGACGUGCCCACUGAUGUGCCCACUGACAAACGCAUGUCUGUUACAUCUGUAUACGCAAACACUUCCACACACGCAGAACGCUCCCGGACGGGGUUGUCUGUUCGAAAAAGGUCCACCCUUUCCCCCUAAUGAUGGGGUGGUUUAUUGUCUGCUCAACUGGAAAAUGAUAGAGUGGUGUUAUUCAGAAAUGAUACUACUGUUGGGUCUUAAAUAUUUAACCCUAGUUUAUUGAUGAUUGUACAAUAUCAGUGAUGUUUCCAACAAUAAUGGUGGCCAAUCCUCUUUUCAGGGUUUGUUUACAAUUAAUAAAGCAGUGAAGACCUUUGAA